AUGUGUUCGCAGCCUUCUGGCUUCGCAUCGCAGACAGACAGAAGAUCUCUCCUCUAUCCCCUCAACCAUCCAUGCCGUGCAGGGGAUCCAGCCAAGCUGACAACAGUUGCUGCACAGAAGGGUCGGAACACCGCACAACGACUAUUCCCACCAGUGUCAAGAGAUCCUGCCGCCAAGCGAGGUACUCCUGUAAUUGGGCUGACUCCAUACUCACCGUACAUCCAUCUUGAAUUGCAGCGGCCCCGAAGAAUCCAGCAUGGAAUUAAGCUGCAAGCUUUAUUGGACUUCGGCCAGUUCCCUGUCUCGGCGUACACUCGCUCCCUGUUGCAGACUCAACCUAGUAUGGCUGCAGCCCAAGGGAAUCCAGCAUAG